AUGGAAAAGGGAGAUAAGAUUUACAGCUCUGUGACACAGCGCAUAAGCGGGGAGCUCAAUAUCAAUAUUGACAUUAAUAUUGAGCGGGGGCAGGAGCUUGGCGUGCGCUUGAACAAGGGCAAGGUGAUGAAGUAUUGGUCAACAGUCAAGAGAUACUUGAUAGACACAGGUGACAUUUAUGAAGAUGAGCAUUUAGUGCAUUCUGAGUGCGGGCUUUUGUUGCGUGAUCAUGCUCAAGCUGGGAGCGUAUACGAGCCAAACAGUUCCGAUGAGUUCAUUAAUAAAAAACUGUUCCAGAAAAGCCUUACUGCUGCUCAGUGGCAGCGAAGAAAGCAGGAGGCACUUGAGUCUCAGGUUCGAAAUGAGAUAAUAUCUGAAACAUCGGAACAGCGGCUUAAACGUUUUACGCGCGGAUAUCGGCGAUCCCAGAAUAUGGAGAUUGCGCCAGUAUCACGGGGCCCAAUUGCGGAACGGAGCAGAUCUUCCGAGAGCACGGGCAGCGACCGUGAGACCCGCAGAGGCCGGUCACAUAAGUGGGGCUCGCUUCAGUUGAAGACGGUGAUCGUACCGAUCGACUGA